AUGCGAUUUGCAGUAAAAGAAAUAAAUGAAGACAUUCAUUUGCUUCCUAACCUUACUUUGGGGUACAAGAUCUAUGAUUCCUGUGAUUUACCACUUGCAGCCCUGAGAGCAACGACUGUAAUGCUUAGUGGAACUCAAGGUAUACUUUCCACUGCAUUAUGCAAGGGGGCUAAACGUGUACAGGCAAUUGUUGGAGAUUCCAGCUCUACGCCUUCCAUCGCAGUAUCCAGAAUUCUUGGUCCUCUCAAAAUUCCUAUGGUUAGUUAUUUUUCUACUUGUGCCUGUUUGUCAAACAAAUGGGAGUUUCCAACAUUCCUUCGUACAAUACCUAGUGACAGCUUACAGGUGAAGGCUAUAGCUCAGUUGCUGAAGUAUUUCAGUUGGUCCUGGAUUGGUGCAGUUUCAGAAAGUAGUGACUAUGGCAAAUAUGGGAUAAUGUCAUUGGCUGAAGAAAUUAAACCAUUGGGCAUCUGCAUGGCCUACUAUGAAGUCAUCCCAAAAAUGUACAAUAAACUGUGGAUACAUGAGAUUGUAGAUGUAAUAAAACAAUCUUCAGCCAAGGUGGUGGUUGUUUUUUCUGCAGAGGGAGAACUUCGUCCUCUUUUUGAGGAAAUUACAGCCCAAAAUAUUACUACUAUACAGUGGAUAGCAAGUGAGGCCUGGAUUACAGCAUCACUACUUUCAGAUGAGAAAUAUUACUCAUCACUGGUUGGUACAAUAGGAUUUGCAGUGCACAGAGGAGAAAUUCCUGGAUUCAAAGAUUACCUGUUGAUUGUUCACCCUUCCUUAUACCCUAAUAAUGACAUAGUGAGAGAGUUUUGGGAAACACUGUUUGCCUGCGUUCUUACAUUUUCUAAUGACACCAGCAGUAAGAAUGAUUUAGUGUCAAGAUGCUCUGGGCAAGAAACUCUCACAGAGAAAGUUAGCAUAUACACUGAUGUUACGCAACUCAGAAUCUCAUUUAAUGUUUAUAAGGCUGUAUAUGCUAUUGCUCAUUCAUUAAACGAUUUAGUACUCUGUAAAUCUGAAAGAGGACCAUUUAUAAAUGCCACAUGUGCAAGUACUUCAGACUUUGCACCUUGGCAGCUUCAGCAUUACAUGCAAAAGGUUUCGUUUAUCAGUAGCUUGGGGGAGGAAGUGACUUUCACUAAGGAUGGGGAUUCUUUUGCAUCAUAUGAUAUAAUCAACUGGCAACACAAGGAUGAUGGCUCUAUUCAAUUUGUAACGAUUGGAUACUUCAGUGCAGCAGACACGCAGAGACAGCAGCUUAUGAUAAAGCAAGAAGAUGUGAUAUGGAGUGGAGAAAAUGGUCAGGUUCCCAGAUCAGUGUGCAGUGAAAGUUGUCAUCCAGGUACACGGAAAGGAAUGCGCAGUGGGAAGCACAUUUGCUGCUUUGACUGUUUAUCUUGUGCUGAUGGUGAAAUUAGUAAUGAAACAGAUUCAUUAGAAUGUAUAAAAUGUCCCCAUGACUACUGGAAUAACAAAGAAAGGAAUCACUGCAUUCCCAAAACAAUUGAGUAUCUCUCAUUUGAAGAGCUAAUGGGAAUUUUAAUUAUACUAUUAUCAUUAUUUGGAGCUGGACUUACUGCAGCGGUGACAACAAUUUUCUUCUUAUUUCAAAACACGCCAGUGGUUAAAGCAAACAAUUCUAAGAUGAGCUUCUACAUUUUGUUUUCAUUAAUACCUUGUUUUUUGAGCUCUGUUUUGUUUUUGGGUCACCCAACAACUUGGAGUUGUGUGUCAAGGCAUACAAUCUUUGCAAUCAGCUUUUCAGUUUGUAUCUCUUGCAUCCUUAGUAAAACAGUGGUGGUGAUAACAGUGUUUAGAACUGCACAGCCAGGAAGCAAAGUCUUGAGAAACGUUAGACCACAUCAGCAGAGAAUGAUGAUUGCUUCAACCAGUUUUGUUCAAGUUGUAAUUUGCAUAAUGUGGUUAGUAUUUAGGCCUCCCUAUUCUUCAAAAAAUACCUCUAAUCAAAGUACAAAAAUAAUCUUAGAAUGCAACGCUGGCUCAGUUGUAGCUUUUUGGUCUGUUUUGGGGUACAUAGGGUUCUUAGCUAGUGUGUGCUUUGUUUUAGCUUUUUUUGCUCGAAAACUACCAAACAACUUCAAUGAGGCAAAAUAUAUAACAUUUAGCAUGAUUAUAUUUUGUACUGUUUGGCUAGCUUUCAUACCUGCCUAUAUAAGUUCGUCUGGAAAGUACACAGUAGCUGUUGAAAUAUUCUCAAUACUUUCAUCAAGUUUUGGACUUCUUGUCUGCAUCUUUGGACCAAAAUGUCGUAUUAUUCUACUAAGACCAGAAAAAAACACCAGAUAUUACUUUAAGGCCAGUAGAAUGUCUUUAAAAAUUUGAGUUGAGUUGAAAAAUUAAAAGCAUUUAUGAUAA